AUGAAUGAUUCGGAAAGCGACCUUCUCGAAAAUGAAGGAGCGAAAUCGGAAGAGACCAACAUAAUCAUGCACGUGGCUAUCGUGGGCUUUCAUCACAAAAAAGGUACGAUUCUCGAGUAUUCCUACCCGCCCUUAGUUGCUGGCCAGGCGCACAGCUCGUCAGCACUGCCGCCCGAGUGGAAGUCCUUGCCUGCUUUGGCGCUGCCCGACGGCGCUCACCACCACGAAACUGACAGCUCCUACUUCCUCCUCCCUCUGCCAGGCAGCGACAGGUGUGUCUUCGGCGUCUCCUGUUACCGACAAAUUGAAACAGAAAAGCUGAAAGUCAAGACUGCCGAUGUAUGCCGCGAGACCGUCCAAAAAUCGGUUUUGAUUAUCUCGCGCGUGCCUCUCUUUGGAGUUUUGAAAGCAAAGCUGGAGAUGGUUUCUGAAGCUUUCUUUCAAGAACGCGACUUUAGUCAGGUGUCGAUUUUGGAAGAAUUGUACCAGCAAGUGAAUAUGUCGGUGCAAGGGUGGACGCCCGAAAUGUGCCUCGCCGACUUGUCUGUUCGAUCACUUCUGCAGAAAUUUCGUCACAGAACUCUCCUUCUUUUCAAACUGCUGCUGCUUGAAAAGAGAAAUAUUUUCUUCGGCGACGCGGACGGAAUUGGUAGCACAAUUCUGAGUCUCGUUUCUCUCUUCCCGAAUAUGAUCGAAGAGGGGCUUUACUAUGCUUGCGUUGAUAGGCCUGCAACCGCUACGGACAGAAAUGACAAUCCUCCCCCGCGGCGGAGCUCAGAGCCUGACAUGACCGAAAUCAACAACGACGAAGUUUUUACGCUCUCUAAGCGCUCAACAUCCGAACAAAUUCGAUCGCCUAUUUUGGACCACAUUACCGUCGGGCUAACGAAACUUGGCCGGCGCGGAAGUCAUCUGCUCAAAGACCUCAUAGAAGUCGAAAUGGUCGACUUAGACGACGAGGACAAUUUUGACAACGCCUCUGGCUUGGAGGAUCCUGGGUUGCACGAAGUCGCCGGUUUCGGCUCGCUGGUGCUCGACUUGCCAACACCUCCGCGAGAAGACCCGAAUCCAGAGUCAAUUCCCGAGAAUCCUCUGAAAAUCGACGAGUUUGGCUUUCCCCUGGCGAUUUUCACUGGCAAUUAUCUUUUGAUGCCGUACUGUUGUCUUCAACAGCAUUCGCUCUUGCUCGAUAUCAAUUUUCAUUCUGGCUUCACGGCCGCGUCAUCAAAUGUUCUUUUCAGAGCGCAAAAACACCUAUCCGAUGUACUCGUGGAAAUCGACGGCCAGGGCGAAAUCAAUUACCGGGACCCCAAAAUCGAACGCAUUUGCAAACUCACACAAGCAGACCUACGCUUUGUCGACAAUCUCCUCCUGGUGCUGGACAGUAACGAUGGCAGCGCAACCUGGGAGGGUUCCGACUCCUGGAUCCGCUCACAGUUCCGUCAAUACCUUAUCGGCUUGCUCUCGGCUUCCAUGACUUCAGAUUCGAAGCACAAAGAUGAUUAUGGGCGCAUGUUCGUCGAUUCCUUCACAAAAACUCGCUGCCACAAAGUUUGGAGAUUCAGCUCAAAGCCCUCGUUUCACGACAAUAUGACAGAACACCCUGCUCAUGUGCCGCCUAUCAACCCUUUUUCUGACCUAAAGUUGCGCCUCACAUCCACGCUGCAGGGUUCCUCCAGUGGGCGGAUGGUUGAGGAGGCGAUAACGUCUGGUGUCGACCGCGCAGGCUCCUGGUUGACGAGUUUACGCAGCAAGUCCCUGUCCGAAACCCUUCAAAACACUCUGGACACGCUCUCCACCCAAAAGAACUAA